AGAGUGAUUCAGUAAUUUCAACAGUGAGGCAUACAAAGAGCUAAAACAAAAACUGAACAGGAGCGAAGGAGCGGCGAAGGCUCAGUUCCGCUUCAGGUGUUUAUACAAGCACGCUGCAGGUCAGAGCUAAAGACCGUUUCCAGUGCAGGUCAAAGCAAUCGGAGGGUGAGAACGACUUGUAAGCAGCAAGCCUAGUAUUUUAUGUUUCCGCUCCCUACUGUCCUCGGGGUGACAAGAUGGGUUCUUAUCUAGGAACGGUGAAUGAGAGUCCUCUCCCUGCUUUCAGUCCUGGAGUAUCUACCCAAUGAGAAAGUCGCCUACUGAGGGCAAUCAAAACCGUCCAAACCGUCGUAAGAAAAGCCCUCAUAGAACUGCGUAACAGCUGUAAACCCGUAAAAGCGACUACACUGCGCAUGCGCGCUCUCCGGGUGUUGGAAAAUAGGAUAGGCGUGGCUUACCACGUCGAGACGUCCCCCCGGUGGCGCAAGCGCAGACUCGGUUCCUGCGCGCUGUGCGCAUCUCUAGGUUGGCGCGGGGCGCAGUGGCCGCUGGGAAGAUGGCGGGGGUGGGCUUAGCGGCUGCGGCUUCUUGGGUACCUUGUCGCAGGCGGGGAUGGGCGGUCGUCUCCUUCGGCUUCCACCGUGGUCUCAGCGCGUUGCUUGCACGGAAGCCGGAGCGCGCGCCAUGGUGGCUCGCAGCUUGCAGGCAAAAGACAUCAGUCUCUUUCCUUAGUCGACCAGAUCUUCCAAACCUGGCUUAUAAGAAGCUAAAAGGCAAAAGUCCAGGAAUUAUCUUCAUUCCUGGCUAUAUUUCUACUAUGAAUGGUACAAAAGCAUUGGCAAUCGAGGAUUUUUGCAAAUCUCUGGGUCAUGCCUAUAUAAGGUUCGAUUACUCAGGAAUUGGAAAUUCAGAUGGUAACUUAAAAGAAUGCACAGUGGGAAAAUGGAGAAAAGAUGUUCUUUCUAUAAUUGAUGAAUUGGCUGAAGGACCACAGAUACUGGUUGGAUCUAGCCUGGGUGGAUGGCUAAUGCUUCAUGCAGCAAUCGCGCGACCACAAAAGGUUGUAGCUCUUGUUGGCAUAGCCACAGCUGUAGAUGGCCUAGUGACACAGUUUAAUCAGCUUCCUGUUGAGACAAAAAAGGAUAUAGAGAUGAAAGGUGUGUGGGCCAUGCCAUCAAAAUACAGUGAAGAAGGAGUUUAUCGCAUUCAGUACAGUGUCAUUAAAGAAGCUGAGCACCACUGCUUGUUACAUAGUCCCAUUCCUGUGAACUGCCCUAUAAGAUUGCUCCACGGCAUGAAGGAUGACGUUAUUCCCUGGCAUACAUCUGUGCAAGUUGCUGACCGAGUAGUCAGCAAAGAUGUAGAUGUCAUCCUCCGAAAAGACAGCGACCACCGAAUGAAGGAAAAAGCGGACCUCCAACUUCUGGUUUACACUAUUGAUGACUUGAUUGAUAAGCUUUCAACUGUAAUUAACUAGAAUCACAGUUUUAGUUGGUUUGUAAACUCAUGGAUCCAGAAGGUAGAAGAGAUGAAAGACCUUGAUAAGUAGGUUUUUCUUAUCUCUAUUUUGUAAAUAUCAUGUAUUUAUUCAGUGAUGUAUUUGCACAAGUGAUACAGAUCGUGAAGAAAGCAUCAGCUGCUGUUUAAAAAAAUUCUCUCCUGCCUUCAACCCUUGAUUUUUUUUUGUUAAAAUAUUUCCUAUUUUUUUAUUCAAGAGAUGCUUACUUUAUAAUGCCUAUGUUAACUGUGCCAGCUCCUAAUUGUGCUUUCUUCUAUUUAGAAUUGCUAAUAAAGCUUGAUUUUUUGUUUUUGUUUGGUAUCAUUGUAUAUAGAGAUUUGUUAAAUUCUGAUUUUAAAAUGUAGUUCACAAAAUACAGGAACAUGUUUAUUGACAUAAAUCUGAAAUGAUUAGAGAAAUAUCUGAAGCAUAAA